UCGGACGUCGCUGAACAGCAGAGGUGCGGCACUUCAACUUCAAAUAGAUUGUGUCAAAGCAGUGACAGUCACUAUCUGACACCUGCAAGAGAAUUUGAAGCGACAGACUUGGACAGACUCUUUCCAUUUCCCAAUUGAAUCAUUUACUUUGAGUCUGCACUGAGGAUAGAUAUACAGAGAGGACGACCGCAGAUUUCACUUUUGCGCUCAGAUUGUUCUUCCCGUCUCUCUCAGCAUGGCUGCAACAACCUGCACCAGGUUUACCGACGAAUAUCAGCUGUACGAAGAACUGGGAAAAGGAGCUUUUUCUGUGGUGAAAAGAUGCAUGAAAAACUCUACUGGUCAGGAAUAUGCUGCCAAAAUCAUCAACACAAAGAAAUUGUCCGCCAGGGAUCACCAAAAGCUGGAAAGAGAGGCCAGAAUUUGUCGCCUGCUAAAGCAUCCCAACAUUGUGCGGCUUCAUGACAGUAUAUCAGAAGAGGGAGUCCACUACCUCGUUUUUGAUCUAGUCACAGGAGGAGAACUGUUUGAAGAUAUUGUUGCCAGAGAAUACUACAGUGAGGCUGAUGCCAGUCACUGCAUACAGCAGAUUCUCGAGAGUGUUAAUCAUUGUCACCUAAAUGGCAUUGUACAUCGAGAUCUGAAGCCAGAGAAUCUUCUUUUAGCCAGUAAACUCAAAGGAGCAGUGGUGAAACUGGCUGAUUUUGGGCUGGCCAUUGAGGUACAGGGAGACCAACAAGCAUGGUUUGGUUUUGCUGGAACUCCCGGUUAUUUGUCUCCUGAAGUGCUGCGGAAGGAGCCGUAUGGCAAACCAGUGGACAUGUGGGCAUGUGGUGUCAUUCUUUACAUUCUUCUGGUGGGUUACCCUCCAUUCUGGGAUGAAGACCAACACCGACUUUACCAGCAGAUCAAAGCUGGUGCUUACGAUUUUCCAUCUCCCGAGUGGGACACAGUGACACCCGAGGCAAAAGAUUUAAUCAACAAGAUGUUGACUAUAAACCCUGUUAAACGCAUCACAGCCGCUGAGUCCCUCAAACACCCCUGGAUCUGCCAACGUUCCACUGUAGCAUCCAUGAUGCACAGACAGGAGACUGUCGAAUGCUUGAAGAAGUUCAAUGCCAGAAGGAAACUUAAAGGUGCUAUCCUCACCACCAUGCUCGCUACACGGAACUUCUCAACAGGCAAGAAUCCAUACAAGAAGCCUGAUGGAGUUAAGAUCAACAACAAAACCAACGUAGUCGCCAGUCCUAAAGAGCCUGUCCCCCCUCCUGCUCUGGAGCCUCAAACUACUGUUAUCCACAAUCCAACUGAUGGAAAGGAAUCGUCAGAGAGUGCCAACACCACUAUUGAAGAUGAAGACAUUAAAGCCAGGAAACAGGAGAUCAUUAAAGUCACAGAGCUGCUGAUUGAAGCGAUUAAUAAUGGAGAUUUUGAAGCGUACACGAAGAUCUGUGACCCCGGGCUCACAUCUUUUGAACCGGAAGCUUUGGGAAACCUCGUGGAGGGGACGGAUUUCCACAGGUUCUACUUUGAAAACGCUCUCUCCAAAGGCAACAAACCCAUCCAUACUAUCUUGCUGAAUCCUCAUGUGCACCUGAUCGGGGAGGAUGCGGCGUGCAUUGCUUAUAUACGGCUCACCCAGUACAUGAAUGGCGACAGUAUGCCUCGCACCAUGCAGUCAGAGGAAACCCGCGUCUGGCACCGUCGUGACGGCAAAUGGCAGAACAUCCACUUCCACCGGUCUGGCUCGCCAACUGUGCCCACCCAGUGAGAUCGAAUGGCCUCCAGAGCACAGCUGCUGAAAUCAAGACAUCAAUUGAGCUUCAACAAGUGUCUGCCACACCACAACCAUGAUCUUCACUGUUUGAUCUACUGUACCAGUCUUGUUUACAUAUCGUUGCUGCUGGAUUAUAGGAUGGAGAGGGAUGGAGAAUCAUUUUAUAUAAGGAUGUGGCAUUUAUUUGCAUGUGUGCGCGUGCAUGUAUGUAUGUGUGCGAGUACAUUUAUAUGUAUUGAGUAUGCUAUUGACACACUAUACUCAUUAUGUGCAAUGCAUGUUCUUACUAAGUACUUUAAUCUUUUUUAAAGGGUUACAUUUUUGUAUAACAUGAACAUUAUGGAGCCAUUUGUUGGUAAACUAGUGUUUGUGUACAUGAGUGUAUUUUGAUUGAUAAAUAAUUCAAAGUUUGUUUUACAUGUAAUCACAGGGAGAAAAUUAGAGGAUGCCAAGUUGUAAAAAAAGACAAAAAAAUUGUGCAUAUAUGAACUAAGAAUGUGUUGCAUUAUAACAGUGACAUAAGUAAUCCAAGUUAGACAUCUGUAAUUGUCUAGCAAACGGUGGAGUUUCCAAAAUAUGUUUGUGCUUUUCUAAAUCUUUAUCGACAAAUAUAAUGGCAGAGAAAUUACUUCAAAUGACAAAAAUGAUCUUGCUUAUGAUUUUCAGUGACGUACAACGUUUUGUGAAGUGCUAUUCUUACACUUUGGAGUAUUAACGCUUUAAUGUUAGCAUACUAAGGAGAGUUGUGCUAUUUUAUGGGCUAGAUUAAAAAAAAAAAAAAAAAAGACAAGGGGAACAGCUUAGCUAGUGUUUUGUUAUUUUAAAUGUUAUAAAAUAUUCAAACAUUAUCAACAACUUAUUACUUGUAAUGGGAAAAGAAUGUAACAUUACUCAUGAUAUAGUGUACAAUAUGUGUACAAUAUAUACACUCGUUCUAAGAAACACAAAUGGCUUGUAAAUCCACAUAUAGCCUAUGCUCUUUUCUAUAACCUAGUGUGCAUUUUAAGGCAUCUUAAUUAUGCUGCCUCCUAAGAUACCUUGUUGGGACCAAAUUCAAAGGCAGCAUCAAAUGGCUUCUUUACAGAGAAUGCAAAGCCAAGAAUGCAUUGUGAGAAGUCGAGUGAAUAAUAACUCCACAAUGGCGAGAGAAAUGCUGAUUAUCAAUAUACUUUAUAUUUCAUUUAUUGGUAAAAUCUAGCGAUAAAGAAAUGUGUUCUGUGUAAUUAAAAUGGGUUAUUUGAUCCAAUAUUUCUGUGUGCUAUGUAUUUUAUGCUUAUCUGAGCAUGGGGUAUUCAACCGGAGGGGUGCGAGAUUACUGGGACUUUGAUUCGAGUCUUGAAUCCAUUCACUGGUGUGUUCAGUAACCAUUCUGUAGAUUACACCGCCAGUUACUACAAGACGAUAAAUUUAAGAACAACGAAAGUGAUAAAAGUAGGCCUACUUCAAAAUCUAUUCCGAUUGGAUGCAUGCGACAACGCAGUCAUCAGAUCCUGAUAAUUUUAUUUCCCAUUUAUGUAAACGGAAAACAUUCCAAUUGGAAUGAUUUCAUUCCGAAUAAGAAAGGUGAUAUAAACGUAGAACUGAUUGGAGUCGUUUAAGGCUGCAACAAUGAAGUGGAGAAGGAUUUGUUUACUUAUAAGAUUCACUGAAGUACACCGAUUCAUUCAUGAAUCAAACACUCUGUUUUAGGCAUACCCAUGUGAAACGAUAAAUUGGGCAAAAUUGACAGUUUGGCAAACCUAAAAUACAGAUUAUCGUGCAUCAUGGUAAAUAACUAUAUUCACAGUGUGUUGUACUGAACUGAGCUUGACAGUUGAAAACAUGUGAGACUAAAAUGCUAGUUACAAACGUAACAUUCGACAGAGAAGCCGUUUGACUCUUUCCAAAGAGUAAGGGUUGACAAUCCAAAAAUUAACAAUGGCCAGCCAAACCACAGAGAGAAGGUACGUUUUCCAAACAUCAAGAACAAGUAUACUCACGUUUAUUGACAGUGAAGGGCGAUUUACGACUAGCUGUGUGGAGCAUCGACCUUAUUCACGCUAGCGCCAUUUUGAUUUUGAAUGGCAACGACUACGAGGCUGUGAGGGACAGACUUACAGUCUCUUCAAUGGGCUGAACUGCAGUUUAAAGUGUUUUUGGAUCGUUCCGUGGACAAAACAUUCAGUAUGAAGAACUCCAGACAACAUGAGUUGUGGAAAAUCAGAUGUCAUAUAGGGGCUUUUUUGUAUCGUUCGAGCCAUAGAAGAGACUGUACAUCUAUCUAUCCCUCAAAGCCUCGUAGUCAUUGCUAUUAAAAAUCAAAGAUGGCGCUAACGUGAAUAAUCUGUAUUGAACCACAGAUUGACAUGACGUCAAGAAAGACGCUUCAACACUUAACCAACACAGAAUAUGGUAGGCCUAAGCUUAAAUCAAAAAUUUUUAUGUAUCGUAUUUGUUAAGUACAUAGUUAUGUAGUUAUUUUUGAAAUAGUGUGCUAAUGAUGUUAGCAGGCUUUUUUUUUUGUUCAUGGAUUUUGGUUGCGGUGGGAUGGUGGGAACAUUUUUAAAACUGAGUAUGCCUAUCACACACUUAGCUUAGCAACAUGCUAAUAUUAAACACUAAUGAAAUAAAUGAGAGUAAUUUUGUAAAUUAUCCGGGCACUUGAAAUCAGUCACAUUAGGUUUCAUGUCAGGAUGCUGCUUUUACAAGUCAGCUCAAGGUUAUUUUUCUUAAUUUAAAAAUUUAAAUCAGUGAAUUAUGUGAAAUUUACAGUUUUGUUGUGUUAACUUAAUAAUUGUGCUUGACUGCUACUCAUUGGAGUUUCCAAUUACUCCUUGAGGAAGACUGUGAUGAUAACUUUAGUUCUAAAUAUUAAGUGAUUAAAAUAGUGCAUGGCUUUCCAUUCUUUGUCAUCUAAGCUUAUUUAUAAGUAUCCAAAACUUAUGGCAGGCAUGCAAAAUUGCAUUUUGAAGAUCUAGCAUAGUGGUUAAUAGUCAAGUAGAAUUCAUCACACAUCUUUAGAUUUAUGCUGCCAAAUUGUAUAUUUACUAUUGCAUUAAUACCGUUAAAUAUACACUAUGUAUUAAAUUGGAAAAUGUUCCCCAUUUUUCCUUUUACAAUUCAACAAUAUCACUUGGGACAUGAAAGGAGAACCGAUAUUGAUUGGUUUCAAAAUGUCUAAUAAAAUGUGUGAUU